CCGCAGCCGCCGGCCGCGCGGCCGGACGAGGGGGCGAUGGAGCUGGAGCCCGAGCUGCUGCUGCAGGAGGCCCGCGAGAACGUGGAGGCGGCGCAGAGCUACCGGCGGGAGCUGGGCCAGAGGCUGCAGGGGCUGCGGGAGGCGCGGAGGCAGAUCCAAGAGAGUGCAUCACAGACAAGAGAUGUCCUCAAACAGCAUUUUAAUGAUUUAAAGGGAACUCUUGGGAAGCUCCUGGAUGAGCGAUUGGUGACCCUUUUGCAAGAGGUGGAUACCAUUGAACAGGAGACCAUUAAACCACUAGAUGACUGCCAGAAGCUCAUAGAGCAUGGAGUUAACACUGCAGAGGACUUGGUCCAAGAAGGUGAGAUCGCCAUUCUUGGUGGUGUAGGAGAACAGAACGAAAGCCUGUGGAGCUUUACCAAAAAGGCCUUACACAUUCAGUUGGACAGUUUACCGGAAGUGCCUUUACUGGUUGAUGUGCCUUGUUUAUCUGCUCAGUUGGAUGACUCAGUUCUUAACAUAGUGAAAGACCACAUUUUCAAGCAUGGAACGGUAGCAUCUCGCCCACCAGUACAGAUAGAAGAACUCAUAGAGAAACCUGGAGGCAUCAUCGUACGAUGGUGUAAAGUGGAUGACGACUUCACAGCCCAAGAUUACAGGCUCCAGUUCCGUAAAUGUACUUCAAAUCAUUUUGAGGACGUGUAUGUAGGCUCUGAAACUGAAUUCAUAGUAUUGCACAUAGACCCCAAUGUUGAUUAUCAGUUCAGAGUCUGCGCCCGAGGAGAUGGCCGACAGGAGUGGAGUCCUUGGAGCAUCCCCCAGAUAGGUCAUUCCACAUUGGUGCCUCAUGAGUGGACAGCUGGCUUUGAGGGGUACAGUCUGAGCAGUCGAAGAAAUAUAGCACUCCGGAAUGAUUCUGAAUCCUCAGGUGUUCUCUACUCCAGCGCUCCAACUUAUUUCUGUGGGCAGACGUUAACAUUCAGAGUUGAAACUGUGGGACAACCAGACAGAAGAGACAGUAUAGGAGUGUGUGCAGAAAAACAGAAUGGAUAUGACUCUCUGCAGCGGGAUCAAGCAGUGUGCAUUAGUACAAAUGGUGCAGUUUUUGUAAAUGGAAAAGAAAUGACUAAUCAGUUGCCCGCAGUUACUUCUGGGUCCACUGUCACAUUUGACAUUGAAGCUGUGACUCUAGGAUCCACCAAUAAUAAUGAAGGCGGAAACUUCAAGCUUCGAGUAACUAUUAGCUCAAAUAACAGAGAAGUGGUUUUUGAUUGGUUACUUGAUCAGUCUUGUGGUUCUCUUUACUUUGGAUGCUCAUUUUUCUAUCCUGGGUGGAAAGUAUUGGUUUUCUAGAUUUCUGGAUGAUUGGCUUUGAUUUGCAGGGUUUUAAUGGAGCUGUCCUCAGCCCGGUUUAGUUGUAAUUGAUUAAAAAAAUUGUUAGAUUCAUUUCUCAGUUAAGCCAUGGGAAAUGGAAAUUGUUUACUGGGUUUAUUUUGGAAUAUUUCAGCAGUAAGAGUCUUGAAUAUAGUGGACAAAACCGUAAUGCAGUCAAUUUUAUUUCUAGCAUAGUGUUAAUGGAAAUAAUCGCGUCGUAAUAAACAUCAAAUUGGCUUUUAAACUGUGAGGAGAUACAGAAAGCCCUAUACCCUUCCACUGUGCUUCUUUUUAAAGUUGGUUAUUAGAUCAGAAAAACUUAAUGUAAUAUUAUUUUGUUGAAUCUCCAUCUUUUAAGGAUCCAAGGCCAUGUAAGACUUUAGAAUAAAACGCCAGGAAUAGACCAGAUGGAAGCCCGAGUUCUGUAAUAUGCGUUCACUUGUGUGCCCUCCACAUGAAUGUUGACUGUGCUCUCCAUGUUCAGGUGUUUCUAAGCAGUAUUGAAUUUUAUGUCAUGUUCAGUAAUCUUUAAGCCUCAAAAGCAUGAUAAUUUUUGCAUUUUUAAAAAUUACUGAGCAAACGUCUACAAUAGGCAGAGUAUUUUCUUUUGUUCUUUCCUUGCAAUUUGAUUCUCAAUAGGCUAGAGGGUUUUUACAGGGUAAAACUACUUCUGGAAGUAGUAUGCACAGCAGUGUUAGCCAUGCACUGUAUGUAAUAUGCAAAUGUGCACAUCCAGCCUCAGUGAUAAGCAUGUUACUAUUCAUAGGGUGUGAGCUGCAGUCCAGUUUAAUGUCAGUUUUACAAAUGGUCUUGUAGUGGACCAAAACAAAUAGAGGGUAAAUACUUGACCUAUUUUUUGGAAAACUUAAAUUUGUGUAAAAUAUUUAUUUGAAGGACUUACUUAGUAUGUAAAAAUGAUUAUCUUGCUAUACUAGCCUACGGAUUUUUUUUUAAUGUGAAUUUUUUUUUUCAUUUUUAACAAUAGAAAAGUGGAAAAGCAAGUUUGAUAUUUUUGUAAGAUAAUUUAUUUGGGGAUUCAAAUUCCCUAUUAGACAAUCAUCACCUUUUUCCCUUGCCUUUUUAUAUAUAAGUAAGUCGUCUUUCACUUGUUCAGUGAUUGUUAAGAAGAUGUGCUAGAAUGUAGAUGCCUCGUCCAGCUGUCUGAAACAAAAUAAAAAACUAAAAGUUAAAUGUGUGUAUUUUUUUCUUCCAUGAGAUUUGAUGAAUCUAAUUUUAGUGUUUACUUUUAAGUAGGGAGAGAAAAGAGUAACUUGUGGCUCUAGUCAUUUUAAUUCAGAUAUCAUUGUAACUUGUGAAAAGUUACUUAUACUCUCUUAUAUUUUGUGUAUCUGAUACCAAGCAUAGUGCCUGACAUGUGCACGAAAAAUGUUUGUUUGAAUACAUGUAGACGAGUUAUUAUCUCCAGAACAUCAUCUCAUUCCCUUCAUUCAGCAAAUGUUUACUGAACAUCUUUAUUUCUUGUCCUCCAUAGGAGAAAUGGCAUCUUAAAUUUAUAUCUAUAGAAUCUGCUUUUCACAGAAGUGGCUUAAACCUAACUUAACUUUAGACAGAAGUGGAUCGUAAUAUUUUGAACUCUGAAACUAAUUUAAAUAUCUAUUUUUCUUGAACUGUGAACUGAAGAUUUUGUUAAAAGCCAACCCAUUCUAUUUAAAUAGAUAAAGGAACCUAGUAUUCCAAAUCUGUUUGCGUGCUUGGAGGGACAAGAUAGUUUGGGUGAUGAUAGUGAUGGUGCUCAGGGCAAGCUACCCCAGGAGGCACCACUCUGGUAUGCGGAUUAUUUCAAGCUGAAGACAAUAAGGACUCAGAGAACUCAGGAAGAAUAUUUGAGUUUCUCCUCCCAAACUGCCUAAAGAAUUUGAAACAAAAGAUCUGUUUCAAGAAAGAGUUGUUAUCAUGAUGGCUGUAAAGAUAAUGUAGGAUAGAGGUUACAAUAGGAAAGGCACCAAGCCUCUUUUAUCAAAAACUCUGUCUCUCCCUGACCACAUUAUCUAUAGAUGACCCUGAAAAGAAUUGUCUUCCUGCCCUCUGAAGUCCCAGGCCACUACCCACCCCCAACACGCUCCUCGCCUUUAGCUGCAAUACUUAAGCAAGCAGCUUAGACAGAGGGACGAAUUGCUGAUUUCUGAGUUUCUCCCAUGUAUACAUGUUAUUAAACUUGGUAUUAUUUUCUCCUGCUAACCUGUGUUGUUAGUUAUUUGGCCAGCCAUAAGAACCUUAAGGAAAAGGGCAGAGGGAGAUUCUUCCUCUCCCCCGACAAUAGUGAUAAUGAUAAUAAGAAUUGAUAUUUAUCAAGCCCCUACUCUGUGCCAGGCACAAUGCUGAGUUUUCAAAGUACAUUCAUUAUCUCAUUUAAUCCACAUAUACUGAUGGUACUGUUACUAUUAUUUCUACUUUCCUGAUGAGAAUACUUAAGCUCAAGAGAUGUGAGCUAAUUUGUCUAAGGUCCUGACCAGUAACUAACCUAGUUGGGACUCUGGCUCAGACCUGUUUCCCUCCAGAACCCCAGCUCUUAACCAUGAUGCUCCUAGGGGGAGUGGACCCUAAGGGGAAAGUCCCACUUAGGAUAAGUGGUAGGUACUGCAGGAGUAGCACUGAGGAAGGACUGACUAAUUCUGCCCAAAGAUCUCAGGGAGCAAAGUAGAUCUUAAAAGAUGGGUAGAAAUUAGAUAAACUCAGAACUGGAAUUUGAAGUCGAAGGGCAAGAAUCUGUAGUCACGAUGAAGGUAAGAAUGGUGUGUGUUAGGGCAUCCCCCAUAUCGUGGUGGUGGUGGUGGUAUGUGAGACUGCAAUGAAGGUCUGAGGGUGCAGAGAAGUUGCAUGCUUUAUGUUUUUGAAAUUGCCAAACUGAUUUCCAAAGGGGCUGCACCAUUUCUACAUUCCCACCAGCAGUGCGUUCACUGACUCCUCCCCUGUAUUGGUUGUCACUAUUUUUUAUUGUAGCCUUUCUGAUAAUAUCAGUGUGUGGUGGUAUCUCAUUGUGGUUCUGAUUUGCAUUUCCCUAAUGGCUAAUAAUGCUGAAUGUCUUUUUACAUGCUUAUUUGCCAUCAGCAAAUCCUCUUCGGUGAAAUGUCUCUUACCCAUUUUCUAAUUGGUUUGUUUGUUUACUGUUAAGUUUUAAUAGUUCUUUAUAUAGUCUAGAUAUUAGUACCUUGUUGGGUUUGUGGUUUGCAGAUAUCUUGUCUGGAGCUUGUCUUUUCGUUCUCUUACCAGGGUCUUUCCCAGAGCAAAAGUUUCUAAUUUUGAUGAAAUCCAGUUUAUUAAUUUUUCUUUUAUGCUUUUAGUGUCAAGUCUAAGAAGAAUUCUUUGUUCUAAAUCCCAAAGAUUUUCUCCUGUGUUUUUCCCUAAAAGUUUUACAGUUUAACAUUUUACAUGGAAGUCUGUGAUGCGUUUUGAUUUAGUUUUUGUAUAGCAUGCAGACUUAGGUUGGGGUUGGUUUGGGAACCUGUCUGUCCACAGAGCUGUCCAAUGGCUCCAGCAUUGUUUGUUGCUAUUUUUCUCCCAUUGAAUUGCUUUUGCAUCUUUGUCAAAAAUCAGUUGGACAUAUUUGUGUGAGUCCAUUUCUGGGUUUUCUCCUCUGUUCCAUUGACCUAUGGGUCUGUCCUUCUCCUAGUACUGCACAGUAUGAUUACUGUAGCUAUAUCAUCUUUUAAAAUCAGGUAGACUGAUUUCUCUCUCUUUUUUUUUUUCUUGUGAGGAAGAUCAGCCCUGAGCUAACAUCCAUUGCCAAUCCUCCUCUUUUUUGCUGAGGAAGAUUGGCCCUGGGCUAACAUCCGUGCCCAUCUUCCCCUACUUUAUAUGGGACGCCACCACAGCAUGGCUUGACAAGCGGUGCGUCGGUGUGCACCUGGGAUCCGAACCUGUGAACCCCGGGCCGCUGAAGCGGAGCGUGCACACUUAACUGCUAUGCCACCGGGCCGGGCCCUGAUUUCUCUUUUAUUCGUCUUUUUCAAAACUGUUUUCACUAUUCCAGUUCCUUUGCUUUUCUAGAUAGAUUUUAGAAUAAUCUUGUCUCUAUCUACAAAAAAUCUUGCCAGGAUUUUGAUAGGAAUUGUGUUAAACCUGUACAUCAAUUUGGGAAGAGUUGACAUCUUUACUAUAUUUGGUCUUCAGAUCCGUGAACACACUAUGUCUCUCCUAUUUAGAUCUUUGAUUUCUUUCAUCAACAUUUUGUAGUUUCCAGCAUGUAAGUUCUGCACAUGUUUUGGUACAUUGACACCUAAGUAUUUCUUUCUCUCUCUUUUUUUUUAGGGAUUAUAAAUGGUAUUGUAUUUUUAAUUUUGGUUUCCACAUGCUCAUUCCUAAUAUAUAGAAUUGAUCUUUGUAUGUUUGUCUUGUAUCCUGCCAAAUUACUGAGCUCAAUUUUUUUUCUCCCUUGAGAUUUCUUUCUCUUUGACCCAGGGAUUUUCUAGAAAUGUGUUGUUUAGUUUCUGAGUGUUUGGAGAUUUUCCUGUUAUCUUUCUAUUAUUGAUUUCUAGUUUGAUUAUAUUGUGGUUGGAGAACACACUCUGUAUUAUUUCAGUUCUUUUAAAUUUAUUCAGCUUUGUUUUAUGUCCCAGAAUAUGGUCAGUCUUGGUAUAUGUUCUAUGGGCACUUGAAAAGACUGUGUAUUUUGCUGUUAAUGGGUAAAUUGUUUUACAAAUGUACACUCGAUCCUGUUGGUUGGUUGGUGUUGUAGAGUUCUACUAUGUCGUUGCUGAUUUUCUGUCUAGUUGCUCUAUCAGUUCUUGAGAGGAGGGUGUUGAAGUCUCCAAUAAUAACUGUGGAUUUUUCUCUUUCUCCUUUUAGUUCUAUCAAUUUUUGACUCACAUCUUUUGCAAUUCUUUUUUUUUUUUAAUGAGUAUGCACUUAGGAUUGCUAUAUCUUCUUGGUAGAUUGACCAUUUUAUCACAAAGUCCCUCUCUGUGUCUGGUAAUUUUCUUUCCUCCAAAAUCUACUUUAUCUGGUAUUAACAUAGGGUCUCCUGCUUUCCUCUGAUUAAUGUUUACAUGAUAUGUAUUUUUCCAUCCUUUUAUUUUCAACUUGUCUAUGUCAUUAUAUUUGGAGUGAGUUUCUUUUUUUUUUUUUUAAUAAUUUUAUUUAUUUAUUUAUUUAUUUUUCCCCCAAAGCCCCAGUAGAUAGUUGUAUGUCAUAGUUGCAUAUCCUUCUAGUUGCUGUAUGUGGGACGCGGCCUCAGCAUGGACGGAGAAGCGGUGCAUCAGUGCGCGCCCGGGAUCCAAACCUGGGCCGCCAGCAGUGGAGCACACGGACUUAACCACUAAGCCACGGGGCCGGCCCUGGAGUGAGUUUCUUAUAGACAGCAUAUAGUUGGGUCAUGGUUUUGUUUUUUAAAUUUAUUCUAUCAGUCUCUGUGUUUUAUUUGUCCUAUUUAGACCGUUUACAUUUACUGUUGAUAUGUUAGAGCUUAAGUGUGCCAUUUUUCUUUUCUGUCUGUUCUCUCUGGUUUUUAUUUCUCUGCUGUUUUCUGCAUUCUUGUGGGUUACUUGAACAUCUUUU